CUUUGUUAUAAGAUCUCUGAAGACUAUAAAGAUGUCAAAUGAAACUGAUUUUCAAGAAAAAUUACAAAAAGGGUAUAACAUGUUGACCUCCAACCUUCAAGAACUCUACAAUAAGGAUAUGGACGAUCGCCGACAACUUGAACAGAUCCAAAAAGACAUGGCUAAAUGUCAAGUUAAAGACGACAGUACAAAGGAAUCUUCUUUUGAUCAAGAUAAAUUACGAGAUACAAUGCAAAAGUUAUGUGUCAUUUUAUCUCAUGACGCGACCAAAUUAACCUUAGCUUGCAAACCACCAAGAAAACCACAAGACGCUAUCAAAAUGGUGGAUGAAAUGAGCAAUACUCUUUAUCGUAUUGUUGGUUUUUAUUAUGAUAUACCUUUGAAUGGACAAUAUAUGAUAAACACCUAUCGAAAGGCAUAUAAAACAUUUAUCGACAGAUUGUUACGUGGGGCGAUUAGUUUACUUGUCAGUUUUAUGGAUUCAGAUAGAGCGGCUGCUUGUUCUUCAUCAUCAUCAUCAUCCUUUAUGCUGUCUACUGCGGCUUUAUGGGAAACUUGUAAAUCUGCGUCUCAUCUACCUGCCAAUAACCAACAAGCCGUGGCAGCUGAAUGGAAGGUAUUAUUGGAAACACUGGAUGAUGUGAAAAAUGAAACAAAUGACAUGGUACCUAGAGAUGGUGAAAUGAAUGAUGAUCAUGAUAGUGGUAUUGCUGCGGAUGAAGAAGAUGAAGAUGACAUGGCUAUGGAUAUGGAUGUAGACCCCCAAGUGGCUAGACAAUGUGUCUCUUUGGUGGGAUUGACCUAUCUUUUAUUUCAAAAAAUUCAAAAGAGAUGUACAUUCUCGGAUUCACUUUUGGCUCAAGGAAAAGCUGUGGCAGAAGAAGUAGAUGUGAUGGUCUCAAAGGCAUAUGAUUUGGAACCCGAAGAAAUGGUAGUGGUCAUGCAAGAAUAUGUGAAUAAGGUAGAUUCUCUAAUCAAAGUCGCAUCCAAUGCAUCCAAUCAAGAAAAUGAUUCAGUUUGGUUCAAUAUGUGUGCCACCAAACUUUCUGCUAUUAUUGGAUCAACUUGAUUAUUAGGCCUUUUUUUUAUACCAUUUACCUAUUUUAGCAUCUAUUUGUUUAAUGCAAACACCUUCUACUGUAUCUUUAUAUUAUACUUCUUUAAAUUCCAAAUAAAAACUCGCAUUCAAUAUACAAUA